GUGGAGUGGAUGUGGGAAGCCCUAAGAGCCGUCGGAUGAGAAUGGGGGGAACGGAAAGAGCAACAGGCGUCGUCGUCGUGUUGUCCGCUGAUUACUGAUUGAUCGAGAGAGAGAGAUCAUCGUAUCGUCCUGUUUGUUUCUCAGGAAAAAGGAAAAAGGAAAAUAGAUAGGAAAAUAGAAAAAUAUUAUAGGAAAGUAAGACAUGGAGGAAUUGAAAAUGAAGGUGGCAGAGGCGGUGGCAGUGCUGAAUCACGACAGAGAGUCGUGCAACAGAGUGGCGGCGAAUCAGUGGCUGGUUCAGUUUCAGCAAACUCAGGCCGCUUGGGAAGUCGCCACCUCCAUUCUCACCUCCGACCAUCUCCAUUUCGACCUUCACUUCUUCGCUGCUCAGAUUCUCAAGCGCAAAAUCCAAAACGAGAGCUAUUAUCUGCAGUUGGGAGCUAAAGAUGCUCUCCUUAAUGCUCUUCUUCUCGCUGCCAAACGUUUCACUUCUGGCCCUCCUCAGCUUUUAACACAAAUCUGUUUGGCACUCUCGGCGCUUGUGCUUCGCGCCGUCGAGCAUGGAAAACCCCCAAUUGAGCAACUGUUUUACAGUCUCCAGAAUCUGCAGAGCCAGGAGGAUGUCAAUGGCAACAUUGCUGUUCUGGAGAUGCUUACUGUUCUCCCUGAAGAAGUCGUUGACAAUCAACGCCCUGAUUUUGAUUCCAAAUUUAACUCUCCAAACAGGACUCACUAUGCUCAAGAGCUUCUCAUGCAUACUCCUACGGUUCUUGAGUUCUUACUACAGCAAUCCGAGAAAGGCUUUGACGGUCGGAAAAUUCUACGUUGCUUACUCAGUUGGGUUCGAGCUGGCUGCUUCUCAGAGAUUCCUAAUGGCUCGUUGCCAGCGCAUCCGAUUCUUAAUUUUGUAUUCAAUUCUUUGCAGGUGACUUCUUCUUUCGAUUUGGCCGUUGAGGUUCUUGUUGAACUUGUGAGUCGAUAUGAGGGGCUACCCCAGGUUUUGUUAUGUAGGAUUCAUUUUCUUAAGGAAGGUCUUCUUCUCCCUGCUCUGAAUAACGGGGAUGAGAAAGUUAUUGGUGGUCUUGCAUGCUUAUUGUCUGAGAUCGGGCAAGCUGCACCAUCUUUAAUUGUAGAAGCAAGUGCUGAGGCGCUUGCGUUGGCAGAUGCACUUUUGAGUUGUGUUGCAUUUCCAAGUGAAGACUGGGAGAUAGCGGAUUCAACUCUGCAAUUCUGGUCUGGUCUUGCUAGCUAUAUUCUUGGCAUUGAUGAUGACACUGGAGAGAAAAGGAAACAUGCUGAAGGAGUGUUUUUUCCAGUGUAUUCAACAUUACUAGAUGCACUCUUAUUGCGUGCUCAGGUGGACGAAGCUACUUUUGAUGAUGAGAGAGGAGUGGCAGAACUGCCUGAUAGUCUUGCCCAAUUUAGAUUGAAUCUUGUUGAACUAUUGGUGGAUAUUUGUCAGCUCUUAGGAUCUUCUAUAUUCACGCAGAAGCUUUUAUUUGGUGGUUGGGUCUCCGUGAAUGCACCAAUUCCCUGGAAGGAAGUGGAAGCCAAAUUGUUUGCUCUCAAUGUGGUUGCUGAGGUUGUCUUGCAGGAAGGACAAAGUUUUGAUUUCUCUGUUGUAAUGGAAUUGGUGAAUCUGUUGGCCACCAGGCCCUCUAAUGAGCUUAAGGGCUUUUUGUGCAUUGUUUGUAGAUCUCUUGCAGACGUCGUCGGUUCCUAUUCGAAAUAUAUAUCUGCUUUUCAAGCAAGCACCAGGCCCUUACUAUUAUUUCUUGCUACAGGGUUAUCAGAACCUCUGUCCUGGAGCGCAUGUGCUUGCGCCCUGCGCAAAGUAUGUGAAGAUGCUUCAGCGGUGAUUUAUGAACCUUCUAAUUUGGAGAUCUUGAUGUGGAUAGGAGAGGGUUUGGAAAAGAGACAUUUACCUAUGGAUGAUGAGGAGGAAAUUGUCAGUGCCAUUAGUCUGAUCCUUGGUUCUAUUGCUAAUAAAGAUCUAAAGACCAACAUGUUGGCACAGUUGCUAUCUUCUAGCUUUAAAUCUAUUGCAAAACUUGUUGAUGAAGAUAACCACUGUUUGAAACAGAAUCCGGCAAUUUAUACACCUAUUUUAAACUCCGCUGCCAGAGGGUUGCACAGAAUGGGAACUGUGUUCAGCCAUCUAGCUACGAGCCUGCCUGGUGGGCCGACUUCAGAUGAUCCUAUAAUUUCCCUACUGAGAGUUUUUUGGCCUAUGUUGGAGAAGCUCUUCAGGUCUGAACACAUGGAGAAUGGUAACUUAUCUGUAGCAGCUUGCCGUGCUCUUUCACAAGCAAUUCAAUCCUCAGGCCAGCACUUCGUAACUGUACUUCCCAAAGUACUAGAUUACCUAUCGACAAACUACAUGUCAUUCCAAAGUCAUGAAUGCUUUAUCAGAACAGCUUCUGUUGUUGUUGAGGAAUUUGGUCACCAAAAGGAGUAUGGACCUUUGUUUGUGACUACAUUUGAAAGAUUUACGCAUGCACCAUCAGUAGUGGCUCUCAAUUCUUCAUAUAUAUGCGAUCAAGAACCUGAUCUAGUGGAGGCAUACACAAAUUUUGCAUCCACGAUUAUACACGGCUCUCAUAAGGAAGUAUUGGCUGCAUCUGGUUCUCUUCUUGAAAUUUCCUUCCAAAAGGCAGCUAUAUGCUGCACGGCUAUGCAUCGCGGAGCGGCACUAGCGGCAAUGUCAUACUUGUCUUGUUUUUUGGAGGUGGGUCUGAGCUCUCUGUUAGAUUCUGUGACAUGUAUGUCUGAAGGAUCGUUUAGUGCCACGGUCGUUCAGGUUAUCUCCCAUUGUGGUGAGGGACUUGUAUCUAAUGUGGUGUAUGCUUUACUUGGUGUAUCAGCAAUGUCACGGGUUCACAAAUGUGCAACAAUCUUUCAACAAUUGGCAGCAAUAUGCAGUUUAAGCGAGAGAACAUCGUGGAAGCUUGUUCUUUGUUGGGAAUCAUUGCAUGGAUGGCUACACUUGGCAGUACGGGCUCUUCCUGUUGAAUACUUAAAGCAAGGGGAAGCUGAAACCUUAGUGCCAGUUUGGUCUAAGGCCCUCGCUUGUGCGGCCUCAGAUUACCUGGAGAGCAAGAGCUGUGAUGGGGUGCAGACUGAUUAUGGUCAUAUGCAAGGCAAAGGGGGAAGAAUUCUGAAAAGAGUCAUUCGUGAAUUUGCCGAUAAUCACCGCAACGUUCCGAAUCUGACUUGAUUGCAGCAGGCCAACAAAUACAAUUCGAGUAAGCGUAGAUAGUGGAAUUGGAUGCGCAAGUAUGAAGGGCUAGAGGGUUUGUUUUGCAGCAUCAAGAUAACGAUAUAAGGAGACGGCUCGCUUUUAGGGCUCGUGCAAACCUUACAUGACAGAUGAUAUGAGCACUUUUCCAAUACACAACCAUACUGAUUGAUACUUGUUCAUCCGCGCCAGAAGUCCUGUACAGUGAGAGCGGCUAGAGAAUAA